AAACCCCUAAAAAAAUUAAGCGACUUUGCACCGUCAAAACUAUUUCUCUCUCUCUCCUCAACUCCGCGGCGUAGAUCCGAGGAGUUUUUGGCUCUUCGUCGCCGCAAAAAUCAACACCGUCUCUAUCUUCAGAUCUCUCUUUUGAUUCAGUCAUGGCUGGAUUAGCACCCGAAGGCUCUCAAUUUGAUGCUCGCCAGUUUGAUACAAAGAUGAAUGAGUUGCUUGGAGCUGAAGGUGGCGAGGAAUUCUUUACGAGCUAUGAUGAGGUCUAUGACAGUUUUGAUGCCAUGGGCUUACAGGAAAAUCUUCUGAGAGGCAUCUAUGCCUACGGUUUUGAGAAGCCGUCUGCAAUUCAGCAGAGAGGUAUUGUUCCCUUCUGCAAGGGGCUUGAUGUGAUUCAACAAGCCCAAUCUGGAACUGGGAAAACUGCCACCUUCUGCUCUGGGAUCCUUCAGCAGCUAGACUAUAACAUUGUUGAAUGCCAGGCUCUUGUUCUGGCACCUACCCGUGAGCUUGCCCAGCAAAUUGAGAAGGUGAUGAGAGCUUUGGGCGACUAUCUUGGUGUCAAAGUUCAUGCUUGUGUGGGAGGUACCAGUGUGCGUGAAGAUCAGCGCAUUCUGUCCAGUGGAGUUCAUGUUGUGGUAGGUACUCCCGGACGUGUGUUUGACAUGUUGAGAAGGCAAUCUCUGCGCCCGGAUUACAUCAAAAUGUUUGUGUUGGACGAGGCUGAUGAAAUGCUCUCCAGAGGGUUCAAGGAUCAGAUCUAUGACAUCUUCCAGUUGCUGCCUCCCAAGAUUCAAGUUGGUGUGUUCUCCGCUACUAUGCCACCAGAGGCUCUUGAGAUCACAAGGAAAUUCAUGAACAAACCGGUUCGUAUCCUUGUGAAGCGUGAUGAGCUAACUCUAGAGGGUAUCAAGCAGUUCUACGUUAAUGUGGACAAGGAAGACUGGAAGCUUGAGACCCUCUGUGAUCUCUAUGAGACCCUGGCCAUCACCCAAAGUGUCAUCUUCGUCAACACCAGGCGCAAGGUUGACUGGCUGACCGACAAGAUGCGCAGCCGUGACCACACUGUCUCUGCCACCCACGGUGACAUGGACCAGAACACAAGAGACAUCAUCAUGCGGGAGUUCAGAUCCGGCUCCUCCCGUGUCCUCAUCACCACUGAUCUCCUGGCCCGUGGUAUCGAUGUGCAGCAGGUCUCCCUUGUCAUCAACUAUGAUCUGCCGACACAGCCGGAGAACUAUCUACACCGUAUUGGACGAAGUGGGCGGUUUGGGAGGAAGGGUGUUGCCAUAAACUUUGUGACCAAGGAUGACGAGCGCAUGCUCUUCGACAUUCAAAAGUUCUACAAUGUGACGGUGGAGGAGCUCCCAGCCAACGUUGCUGACCUCCUCUAGAGAGAAAGAGGAUUGAGGCGCGGAGGUUAAUUUUCCUUUGCUUCUGAGUAACUUAUGCCCCUUAUUUCACUAGGUUAGUUUUAACGUGUGGAAGGGAGAUUUUAAGUGCCAUUAUUUAGAGGGGACUUCUCCCAAAACUACUACAAAAUUUUUGGUUUUUGUCUGUGUUGUAAUUGUCUAAAGAAUUUGGAUGAUAUUUGGAUUUCAUAUUUGGGUAUUUUAAGUUAAAACUUAA